CGAAAAUCUGAGCUGAAAAAAUAAAAACUAUUUUUCUUUACUGGGCGAAGUGACUGGAUUUUGAUUCCUUUCCCUUUUUCUUAUAAACAAAAAUACAAUGACUCUUCAUAGAUUCGAAACCGAGAUUUACAACGAAAUACUGCUGGAGGCAGAAAGACGCAAGGCGGCCGACUUGAAAUUGUUGGUAAUGUGCAAGGAUCUGGGAAAUACCGCUACCAUGAGCGCCAUUCAGGAAGCCAUUGGCAGGCACUAUAUUUCUGAGAUCCCUUUGAUGGAAAAACAUAGAUCUGUCAACCCUUACAAUGUCUUUUGUCAAAAGGAAAGGGCAAGAGUCAAUGCAGAAAAACUUGCUGUGGAGAACUCAUUUACAGAAACCUCUUCUGUAGAUGACUCAUUUGUUAGUUUGACACCUAGUGUUUUGUCUGAGAGGUACAAGAGCCAGACUGAAGAUGACAUGGAAGUACUGGAGGAAAUGGUCAGUAACGUCCAGGCAGGCAAGGGAUAUGAGAAUCUCCUUAGGUCUGGCAUGACUAAGGCAAAGGUCCGAACGACCUUCAUUAACUAUAUCACGGCCAUGCACCGCUUUCAUGGAACAGAAACCGCUGUGAUUUUUGGUAGCGGUAAAUCUUGGGAUUCGGUUGCUGUUGGAGAAAACGUUGAGAAGGCGGAUCUCCAACGAUGGAGGAAGGAAGUCAGGAUUCUUGUCAAUCCAAUUUCCAUGGCUCAAAAAGCCCGGAAUACUGCUGCUGCCCUUGAACAGUCCAAGGAGAUUAAGGAGGUAAAAGAUGCGAUCAAGGCGAAGCUCAAUGCCCAAUGCGGGACAUCAUAUAAUGUACUGCAUUGGAAUAAAAUGGUGAAGGCUGAGACCUUGGGAGCGGUUGUCCCACUGCUCAAGUUCAUCGUGGUCAAGAAUUGGCCUCUGGACCACUUUAACUUCUUGGAGAUAAAAAAGGCACACAACAUCCGAAAGAUAAAGGGUAGCCUGGAUUGCCUUGAGUUCAGGUUGACUCGUCAUUUCAACAGUCGACUUGCGAUGUUGACAUCUGAUGUGCCAAGUGCCACAAUCUCCGAGCCAAGCGUUGAAGCUUCUACUGAGCCAAGUGGCAUGGCAGUUGAUAAUGUCAACGAAUAAAAAUAUCCUUUUUUUUUUAUUGA